CGCGAUUGGGGUAGAUGUGGAAAAUCGCUAUGGCGCAUGGUAGUGAAUGACAGUCGGCCGUCGGAAAAUGUAUUCACAUUAAUGUGCUACUUCGGUGCGUUUCAAUAUUUCUGAAUUCGCGCGGCGUUCGUUGCACGCGCUGUAAAAUGUAAAAAAACGCGCCGACUGCAGCAUUUCUCGUGUGUUUGGCCAUCUGAAAAUAUAUACUUCACACUGAACGAACAAAAAUGUACGCUUGGAGAUUACUGUUUAUGUUUUGUGUAUUUAUACCCCUAACAUAUCAAGGGGUAGCUGGAAUAACUAAUGGAAAUGUUGAAAAAAGUGACGAAAUCUCAAAAACAGAUGAUGAUCUAUCUUCGACCGAGAUGGGUCUCGACGCUGCGGGCAGGAAUCAAUCGGAACCGGAGGGUCCGCCCGAUUCGCACGAGGCGAUGAACAAUCGGGAAUUGAAGCCGAAAUUGACAAUCGGCAAUCGGCGGAAGCGCAGCUACGAGUUCCUCGUCGGGCUGGUAAAGAGGAACGCCAGUGUGUACGAGGUCACGAAAAAUGGCAAAACAACACCCGCCACGGACGCUGACGUGAAGGCAAGCGAAGUCCUCCUGGAACUGCUCGUGAAGAUCGCCGCAAAUCCACAGCAAUGGUCCAGAGUGCACGCGCUGCUCCAAAAAAUCGAUAAUGAUUUGAUCAAAUCAAAAGAACUUGUAGAUAAUAUUAAAACAUCACCAAUCGUGCGAGACGACGUGGCAAAAACGAAACAGCUCGUGGACGAUGACAUAACCUCCUUACAACAGGAGACGACCAAGUAUCCUUGGUUGCCUGCGACAAAAACCAACCAUAUUCCGGCGCCAUAUCAAAAGAACUUCGCAUAUCAUCGUGUCACCGGCAACCCGUUGACGCAUGCGCCGUCAUCCGGCAGCAAUAAGAACCCGAAAGCGUACAUUGCUGUUUCAGUGAUUGCGCCGAAGGCAACACACGGGCAGAUUGACCCGGCCGCCGCCGAAGCAGAUGACCUCAUGCUCGAGAACGAGCUGAAAGAGCUGAAGCCGUGGUCGCAUCAACAGAAUCUGAAAAACAUGGCGGACAUCCGGUCACGAUGGGUCAUACAAACCGAUAAGGAAGCACUUUCUUCACCUUAGACAAAAAAGGACUCGCACACACUCACAGCAGAUCACAUACAAGCACAUCCUGAUGAAUUCACGGCCAUCAGCAAGGAUUUAUUCUUGUGGCAUGCGGUUACUUGUUUUUGCCAUAUUUUUGUAUAAUGAAACGCGCAUGCGGGUAGAUGGUGCUUGUUGUUGAUUGAUUUACAUGUGCCCCACAAGUUUAGUCCAUUUCUUACACGAGUUUCUUUAUUAUUGAGUUGAGUGCUUGCUUUGAGACUCAAUGAAAUACUCAUCGUCAACAUAUUUGCCAGAUUAUAUCUUAUUGAAUUUAUCAAGAUCAAGAAAGCAAAUACUAAACUAAGAUAAUUGUAGAAUUAUAUCAACAAACUGAUCACAGAUCACCCUAAAAAUGUCCCUUAAAGUUAGAUUAUAAGUAUAAAUAAUUAUGGAUAAACAAAAUGAUGAUGAAGAUACAAGUCGUACACAGUUUGUGAUUGCUUCGGUUUUCAGUUUUUGAUAAUAGAAAAUCUGGAAAAUGUUUAUAACACUUUGCAUUUUUUGUUUUUAUGCAUUUGUCAGCACACUUAUAUGAUUCAUGUUUUGGACUUAUGUUCUUCUGCUUGUAUUCUUUACGUGCUGCUACUUACACAAAAAAAAAACUUUGUAAAUGUUACAGAUAUGCCAAAACAAACUGUUUAUGACGAAACAAAUUACAUUUACAUUCUUAUAUACAUAUAAUGUGUAGACAUAAACAAGUAAAUGUUAUAAAUAGAUAAAUAAUAUACAAGUAAAAAUUAA